CGCAGCAGCCCGGCGGUGCGGUAGGUUUGGACCAAACGCUUCGUGGCUCCUUGUAGGCUGUGCUGACCUCCUUGUGCUGUCCGCGUCCACGCGCACCUGCGCCGUUCCCGGGCGCUUUCAAGGAUGAGGAAGUUUAGGCUGGGAGUUGUGCAGGGCUUGGCCGAGCUGUCGAGUCUCAGCUCUGGCCCCACAAACACGGGCGGCAGACGGGCUGGGAACAGCGGGCGGAGGUGGGGGCUCACCUGCCGUUCUCAGUGGGCAGAGGGGCUGAGAGCCGUUUCUUUCUGUUUGUUUGCAAAGUUGUGCAAGAAAUGCGGCGUUUCAGAGGUUAAAACCCCAAGCAUGCUGAUUUUCCUUUCUUUAACAGAAAGCAGUUUUUGCUGCUCAACACUAAAACAGCCAAAUGAUAAAAGCUUAUGACUAUCGGUGAGUACUGCAUCAUAGUGAGAGGCAAUCAUUUUGAAGCCUUCUGUGCUGUGAUCAGCAAACAGGAGCUGUGGAUGGCACACAUCUGUCCCUCUGGCACAUCCAUGGCUGUGCAGGGCUAGAUUAGGCUGACUAACUCGCCAGAUAAUAAGGACUGGAUGACCUUUAAAGAUCCCUUCCAACUCUAGGGAAUCUGUGAUGCAACACCAGGCCGACUGCAGGUUUUCCUUCCGAGCUCUCAGCAUCCUGACAUCUUGUCCAGGCAAGGUGGCGCAAAGGCGAUGCUGUCUGUGGGGAAAAUCCUCCACAUCUGGUUAUGCACUGUGUUUGUCCCAGGGACAGCUUGUCCCUGUUGCUGAUGGCGGGCACUGGUGCACUUGCUUGCUUUCCUUGAGCACACGCGGUGAGCAGAGGGGACUCCCUGCCACUACAGUGCAUGGGGCCGUGCUGAGUGCCAGGGCUUCCGGAGUUCUGCCAUUGGGUUUCUCUGUGCUCUGUGAGAGGUUCUAAUCUAUGAGAAAGAUCAGAAAAAGAGUUGAGCUGAAGGUAGAAAAAAACAAAAGUAGCGAUCGUUACCCUUUCAAAGCAAGGUUAUGAAAGCUACAGCCGUGGUAGAUGGAAAAUGUUUUGUCGUCUGUUAAGCAGCUCUUGUGUCACACUGAUCAGAGAAAAGAGAGGUGGAUCUGACAAAUGUCACUUUUCACAUGGGUUGUUUUCUUCAUUUUACAAAUGAUGAUGUAGGUUUAAAAACCACGCUGAGUUCCAGAGGGUGUAAUUCGUAGCUGCGUGUUGUACCAGGCAGGCUGUUCACAUUUUAUUUACUAGGCAGCGUAUUGCAUGAGAACAUAACAAUGUUUGCUGCUUGAGAUGCUAAUAUAAUCCCAAAGUCUCAGAGUGCGUUUGCUUGUCUCUUUAAUGGAUGAUUUAUCUUUGAAUUUAGCAUUGAAAUAUUAUUUUUAAGGAGAGCUAUAUUCAGUAACAAGAUUAAUGAGCUUGAAAGAGGAUGAAAAGACUCUGUGUUCAAUUCAUCCUCAUCUCCCAGGAAAGCGGACUUUGAAGUUUAGCUGACUUGUAUGCUAAAAAUAUCUGGCUACGUCAGUGAUGUCAAUGACACACCUUCAGCAGCGUUUGGGAAAAGCGGGGGAUGGGUUGGGAUGGGGAGGAGAAGUGCUGUGAGGCAUAUUGAUUGUUUUUCUUGUCACGUGUGCCACAAAUCACUACUUCUAGAGCAUCGUCUCUCCACAAUGCUUAUACGGUGCUUCUUUCUUUUUUGUUUCAUGUACCCCAAGUCACUGAUUUUGGUGAUGUCUUCCUCUAGCACUGUAUCAGUGAGAUACAGUAACUAGAGAUUAAACUUUUAGCAGCGUAAUGUCUCUAAACAAAGUGCAUUUUGAAUGAAUACAGUGAAGAAAUAAAUACUCUGUUGAAAGUCAUAUUGGAAGUCUGUUUAGUGGCCCCAUUUAUCCAUACGAUGGUUUUUACCAUGCCUUCCUCAGCUCCAGGCAUCUCUAGGUGUAAUUGAGGUUUGAAGGGUGAAGACAUUUGAUCUUAGAGUUUCAGAUCUCAGGGUUGUUUUGCAGUACAGCCCCUUGAUAUUCUGGGUUACCUGUUGCCUUGGCUGUAACUGUCUAUGUGCUUUGUAUCAGCUGCAAUACAGCAGACCAGAGCUGCUAGCAGGCCUGGCCCUCACCUUCCUCUGACUGCAUGAAGGCUAUUGAUUUUCAAGGAAAUGCAUUAGGUGUUCAAGGAGCAUCCCUCAAAAAAAAAAAAAAAAAAAAAAAAAGAAAAAAAAAGAAAAAAAAAAAAAAGAAAAACAGCAUAAGAACGUUGUCACAUUUUUUUAUAUCAGAGGGUCCUCAUUGAUGGGGCCUGCUGCAUUGCCCCGGGGGUGGAAAAAUGUACAUUCAGAGGUAACAGUAACACUGGAUGCUUUGGCUGCUAGUUGUAUGCCAUGGUUUGUCCUUUCACUGCUGCGUAUUUAUGUUUUGGCAGCAGCUUAAAUCAAACACUAACUCUUUGAGGGGCUGAAGGGCGCAUAUCUGACUGAGACUUGAAAUAGCUUAAGUAUUAGAGAAGUCUUUCUGGCCGUUCCUUGGGUUGGAAUAACUCAAAGCACGCUCAUGAAUUGUGUGGUGGUUUUUAUUUUUUAUUUUUAUUUUUAUUUUUUAUAUGUGUGUAUAUACGUACAUUUCCUUCAACAGAAAUUCUGAUCUCAAAAUUGCAGGGUUGUUAAGUUUAGCAUUUUUUUUUUUUUCAACUUCACUUUGCUUUCCCACUUCUUCUUUUUAGCUGGUCGGAAUGUUUAGUAGUCCUGAGCCCCUUUGCGUGGCUUUUCUAAUUCGGUUUUUGGAGUCUAAAAAGACAGAAAUGUAGCUUUCUAGGAAUUCUGCAGACUUAAGCAAGGAACUUUGGGGUUUCUUUAAUGGUCUUCAUAGAAAUGUUAGAAGAUGUGGUGCAGAAGAAAAAAACUAAUUUGUUACAGAUUGAGGCAAGAUCUGAGGAUAGAAGUUCAUUGAAAACAUAAGUGGGGUUAAUGUCUGAUUUUUUUACUUGAAAGAUGGGAAUUGAGGGUAAUGGCAACAACUGCUCAUGUUUGGAAUGAACUCUGCUGUAUUUUAAUCCCUUAAUGCCAGUCAUUCUGCAUUUGAAAAUUUAGUGUUUUAAAUUUCAAUUGCAGCAGAACUGUCAGAUUCACUGCCUCCUUGCUUGAAGCACCCUCAACUGGAAAAAAUAAAGCUGUAUAAACCCCAUUUCUUUGAGGAAAAUGACAUUUGAAAUCGCUGUGAUAUCACACCUUUACAAAGAGGCAACCCAUAGGUUGCCAAAACCAGGUUUGAUGUCCAUAUAUUUCUGACUUUUCAGUACCCAGAUCUUGUAAAACAGUAGCUCAUGAAAGAAAUGAAGCCUGCACCAUUCCACUGAGGAACAGAAACACAGCCUUGCUGACUCUCUUUUGGAUCCCACUGGGGUUUGUAGUGCCCAUAGGCUGCCCAGCCUUUUUGUGCUUCAAGAGCAAAUCCACCUUUCUGCUUGUACCUGCUCGUGCCAGUGCUGGGAUGCUGGAUAUCACUGAGUCAGCCCUUGGGCGGAGGCGUUGAGCUUCCCAAAGGGCAAGGCUACCUCCAGAGCGUUGCCUUCCGUUCAGGUCAGUUAUUAUUAACAAUUGCAACAGUACACAUUUUCCUCUGCCUUAGAAACACGCGCUGCCGUUUUCAUUGUGUUCUUACUUGGUUUGGCAUCACAGUCUUGGACCGCAUGGCUGAUCUCUUGAUACUAUGUAUGUAAAUAUUUCCACAUUCCCUGGUUCCUUGAAACAAAGUCUGUCCUAUUAAGUUUUUCAUUUGGCAAGAGGCAAAAGUGCAACUGGAAUCAGCUGCCUACAAUUUUCCCCUUUUUAAGCACUUUCCUUCUCAUUUGUGUCAAAUGAUAUCUGGAAAAAUAAACAUUAAGAGUGCUGCAUAAAGUUUCCUGAAGCCUUCCCUGUGCAUUAAUCACGCUUGGAAUGAUUUAGCAGUGCCCCACAGCUAUUUUGAGAUGGUGUGAAGUAGUGAUGGAGCAUCCUGGGCAUUGGCACAGGGGUCUAGGCAGUGAGCACAGAGCUGGCACUGUUCUGCAGAGGAGACCCUGGUGCUUGGGAUUUUCUGUGGCUGGUCUGGCAUGGUAUCUAGUCCCCUGGCUGCUCCUUGGCUGCUGUUGCAGUUAGUGAGGAUGGGCAGCUCUGGAUGAAGGCUCGCCAAACUGCAGAUGUUGCUGGUGUUCCACGGGCACUGGAUUUAGCAUCAGUGCAGAGGUGAAUCUGAACUUUUAUACUUAUCCGAAACCAAGUGAAGGGUUUAAUGUCAGCAAGCUGAGUUUCUCUUGGUGUGAAACAAUCCUGUAUGUGACCUGGCAUAGGUCCAUGACAGGUGGCCUUCAGGGUACGGAAGCUCGAGUCUCCUGGGUGCUCAGGCAGUCAAGUGGAAGCAUUUAGGUUUCCAAACAGGCAGGCUUGCUCUUAGAAUUACAGUCUGAUGUAUAGAAUUUUACCAUCCUCUGCUAAUAAGAUUGUUUAUGUUAAUGUGCAAUUAACAUAACAAACUGGGAAUGAAUCUCGUGGUGGACCUCACUUGACUGCUUUAUAUGUGAAGAGUAUGUGGAGCAUCCAGAGAACUGGGUUACUUUCAGACCAGAUGAAGCCCUAGGGAUGGUCUCCAGGACCCUGCAGUGCUUGAACUGCUAAAGGGCGCGUUAAUAGUUAUCCAAGCUGGGCUCUCCAGAUGCCGAGUAAUGUGAGUGUGGGGUCCUUGGCAUUAGCUGUUUUGCUCUUCAGAUCUACUUCUCCAGGCCUUGUUGCUUGCUAACAUUGGCACGGCCAACAUCUCUGACUUGAAUGUGAUGGUUUCUUCUGGAUACAGCACUGGUCAGGCUUGUUUGGUUACUUUUGGGUGGAAUCCAGCCUGUUCCAUAUCAGGUCAGUCUGCUGUGGCUUGGCAAACAGGCAGAAUUGCACUUGGAGAAAAAUGAGUAAAGGAAAACCCUUCGGCUGAUCCCUCCCCAGGGAAAAGUUGGAUGUGAUCAUUAUCCCUCUUUAUGAGCUUAAUUUGCAAAGUUAAUUUUCACUGGUCCUUUAUUUCCUGGCUUAAGGCAUCUUACACAGUUUUGCCGAACUGCAAAAAGAAAAAUACAAGCAAUAGUUUCUAAUGUGAGUGUUUUCUUUUAAACUUCUUUUGGCUGCUUACAUUAUGUUGCAUUCUUAAUGGAGUUGGAUGGGAAACAACCUUCGCUGUUUCAGACUUGCCUCAUCAUAAGAAAUUUUCAGGGUUUCUGGAAAUGUUUUACAGUGUAUGCUGUAACAAAGUUGAGGAGAUCAAGUGUAGACAAAUGAUUUGGAGACAGCAACUGGGAACUUCAAGGACUUACUCUUUGAUUUACAUCCAGUUUCUGAUGGCACGAUGUUUUACAUUCACAAUAAAUUUUGUAGCCUGUCAACUAUUUGCCCUUUUGGCUGCCUUUUGGUUUCGUAUUUACCUGGGUCCCAGUCAUGCCAGCUCUGCUGUUCGCCAUGCAUUUGCCACCCUCUUUGGAAUAUACUUUGCUGUCUUCUGCUUUGGGUGGUAUUCCAUUCAUCUUUUUGUCCUGGUGCUGAUGAAUUAUGGCAUUAUGAAUAUGGCGAGUAUUCCCAACAUCCACAGGUACUCUUUUGUUGUAGCUAUGGGAUACCUCACCUUGUGCCACAUAAGCCGAAUAUACAUAUUUCAUUAUGGUAUUCUGACUACAGAUUUUUCUGGAGGAUUAUGCUGCCCACUGAUGAUAAUUACACAGAAGAUCACAACACUUGCAUGCCAACUACAUGAUGGAAUAGGGCGACAAGCUGAGGAACUUACUGCUGAGCAGAAUCGGCUUGCUGUGAAGACAAGACCUUCUUUACUGGAGUAUUUAAGCUAUCUCCUCAAUUUUAUGAGCAUCAUAGCUGGACCUUGCAGCAAUUAUAAGGAUUAUAUAGCUUUCAUUGAAGGGAGGCACGUGCACAUGAAACUAUUAGAAGUGAACUGGAAGCAGAAGGGUUAUGACAGACUUCCUGAUCCUUCUCCAACUGGAGCAGUGAUGUACAAGUUGUGUAUCACACUGAUAUCUCUUGUUUUAUUCUUGACACUUACCAAGAACUUUCCUAUGGCAUAUAUUAUUGAUAAUGAAUUUCUUGAGAAAACGCCCUUCUUAACAAGACUUGGUUACCUGUAUGUUGUGACACAGUCUGCAAAACCAAAGUACUACUUUGCAUGGACAUUAGCAGAUGCAGUCAACAAUGCAGCUGGGUAUGGAUUCAGUGGAGUUGACGAAAGAGGUGCUUUCCGUUGGGACCUGUUGUCCAACUUAAAUAUCUGGAACAUUGAGACUGCAACAAGUUUUAAAAUGUACAUUGAAAACUGGAAUAUUCAGACAGCUGCCUGGCUAAAACGUGUUUGUUAUGACAGAGCUCCUUGGUAUCCUACGGCUUUAACAUUUGUCCUGUCGGCCCUGUGGCAUGGUAUCUAUCCUGGAUAUUAUUUUACGUUUCUCACUGGAAUCCUUAUCACACUUGCAGCCAGAGCAAUAAGAAACAAUUGCAGACAUUAUUUCCUGUCAUCAGCGCCUCUCAAGAUGGCCUAUGAUGUUGCUACCUGGGUUGUCACGCAGCUCGCGGUGUGCUAUACUGUUGCACCCUUUGUGAUGCUGGCUGUUGAGCCCACAAUUAAGUUUUACAAGUCUAUGUAUUUUCACAUGCACAUUCUAAGCAUCUUGGUUUUGCUUUUAUUACCAAUCAGACCUCAAACCCACUCUGUAAGAAAGCCUCAAAAUCAGGCCAACCAGAACUCUGUUAAAAGCAAAGACAAAUGAUAUCUCCAAAGGAAAUUGCCAACACUGGGAAACGAUCUGUCAUAAUGGAAACAAAGAAGAAGACGGGAGUGACGGGAGUUGAAGUACAAGUGGCAUUUAUAUAGGUUAUCUUAAAAUCUUACUGGACAGGGCAGAAGAGAGCCUGAAAGACUGCAUUUCAAAUGACUCCAGUUAACAGAGAUUUACAGGCUAUGUUUACAGGCUCAUGGGGCAUUUUGAUUUUUUAUUAAGUAUUUUUAUGAAAUGUUUUUAUAUAUUUAAACUUUUUCACAAAGAGAGGCAUUUUUGCGUUUUCACAGAAAUAUACAAUUAUUAAUCAAGAAUCUGGUGAUUAAAGGGACAGGAAGCAGCAAUCACAGAGUUAAAUAUGCUGCCUGAUAGUUUGGUGCUGGGGAUGGCUGACAGGAGGGCUUCUCAUAUCCUGGCUGAGUAGAGAGAUGGCAUGAGCCAAAAACUACAGAAAGGAGGAGCUCAGUGUGCUGAUGCUGCCUUCUCCCUGCUUUCUGGGUUGGGCAAACCCCAGCACCAGGGCUGCAGCCUGAGCUCAAUGACAAGGGUAUUUCACAUCCCUCCAAGUGGCACCUGCUGGCAUGAGGGCAAUUCCCUUGGGAAUAGGUGUCUGGGAACACUGUCGUCUGUCUAGACCAAUGUCUAAAAUCAAAUCAAAAGAGAAGACUAGCAAAAGAAAGGAUACACACCCCGUAGAGUUGGGCUUCAGUAAUGAUGCAGCUGGUACUCGCUGCUACAUCAACAUUACUCUGCAGUUUUACAGUGAUGCAGCACUUCCAUUUCAGUGUGAAAAUAACUGAGAAGCAAUGCAAGUUUUGAAUUUCGGAGCUCACAGUCAUGAGUUACAUCUGAAAAGGGUUUGUAAUGGAUCAGACUGUUCUACUCAAAAACCUUCUACCUUGUUGAGGGGUUACUUUCCAGCAUGACAACACUAAAAUGAGAUCUAAACAGUAAUUAUCUUAGGAGUUGUAACUAAUUCAGUACAAACUAAAGAUUGUGAUGGGUUAUGAGCAUCACAAGAGUCACAGCCAAGUCCUUGCGUGAUCUCGGCAAGUGACUGAGCCUUUCAGUGCAGGUUUCCCUGCUUAUCAAUUCCCUAGCUUACAGACAUGAGGUUUCAUUUUUAAGGGUUUGUAGUGCUUUGGGAUAACUUGCCGCAAAGUCUUUUUAUUACUAUUUGUUUCUUUUACCCACUUACCCAGGAAGAGCAGGCUGACAGGACACAUCAAAACAAGCAUAAACAAACAAACAAAACUUUUCCAGGAAUAUUUUUCUCAGGAUUUUGUAGUAACAAUUCCCAUGUUUAACUAUUGGUACUUUUUGAUCAUGUAACCAGCAUGAUUAAGAGAAGAAUCUGCUGUUUACUGCACUCUGAUAUUCAUGGCAGAUUAAAAUUUUGCAGAGUCCUAAUGCAUUGGGAGGAAACAAAUCAGUGAAACCAGAACAAGGUUAAAAAGUGUUUGAUUUUCUUUUCUCUGGUGGGAAGAUUUUGUCCUGCGAUCACCUCAUGAUUUAGAGAUUUUAUUCGCUAAUUUAUUUUGAAGGCAAGAUGGUAUUAAAAGACUGUUCUGAAUAAACAGACUGCUUUGUGUCA